CAUCAGCACGCACCAAUUACCUCGAGAACUGCUUAAGACUUCGCUAUUCUUUCGCCUCUGCCUGUGGUGGACACUCCAGGGUUGAUUCUCAUCUGAGUAAAUUGACGCUAUCCCGUUUAAGACUCAUCCUGCGAGCAUGUGAUCUCAGAAUAUCUCUGGGAAUUGUGCAUUCCGAACUCCAGCAUCAGUUUCCAGGUGACCAGCCUUGUACGCUUUGACUCUCGAGCUAAGCUGUGUCUGCCGCUGCCAGGGUCCUGUCCGUAAGCCACGACGGGAUUGGCAAUCGUGCCUGGAUCCACAAGCCUGGAGCGUCUCAGUGCAUCAAGUCCACAUAUCGCAAGCUCAUUAAUACCACCAGCGUGUCUUUUUGUUCUUAGUUUUCACUUUUUAGCCAAGUCUCUGUUCUCGUUGUGUCUUUGGGCGGCAAUAUGGUGGGAGUGCCCAAGUCUACGGGAUGUGUUAUAUGUAGACGAAGGAAGAUCAAGUGCGACGAAACAUGGCCGACAUGCCUCAACUGUCAGAAGAACAGCAAAUGCUGUCCAGGCCCUCCUGCACGACAUACCUUCAAGGACCUUGGGCCUAGUCUUAUCACAGGUGCAAACACUCUGCCGACCACCAAAAGCCAGUUGGUCGUACCAGACUCAAACCUGAGAUAUCUUACUCAGGUACAUAAGAAGGUGAAUUUUGGUGGGAGCGUUGUGCACAAGUUCAGGAUAUCAGGUAGGGACACUUCUCACCAGAGAAAGCCUAUAAUUCGAUCAGCUUCGACAAGCACAGCAAGCUUGAGUCCACCUCAUCCGCCUUUCCUUCGACAGCCAUCUCCGUCGCAACACCACGAGCUGUCUCGUGCCUUGGUCGCCACGAUUAGUGCGGGCAGCGUAGGCCUUCAGAUGUCUGUGUUCGGGCCAUUCAUCCAAGAGGUGCCUGCUAGGAUAGGUCACAACCCAGCUCUUGACGCAGCAGUGGCCGUGCUCAUCAACGCUCACACGUCUCUCAUGUACAAGAAAACGUUGAACGACAUCGUCAGCAUCAAUCUGUAUCUACGAGCGAUCAAGAUGCUGCAAAGUUGUCUGGAAGACGCUCAGGAGGGUAUGUCCACGAACACGCUUUGCGCUUCAGUACUCCUCGGACUUGUAGAAGCAUUGGCAGGUCCGCGAAAGGGCAAUCGUUACUUAGCUCACGUUGGCGGAGCUGGGCGACUGAUGGAGCUACAAGGGCCUGGGCAUUUUCAUGAUCCUUUCGCGAAAGACAUACUACGGUUUAAUAGAGGUGGGAUCAUUGUAGCUGCUUGUUACGAGCGGGAGCCGUGCUUUCUUGCCGCACCGGCAUGGCGAGAUAUCGCCUUCGAUAGUAGUGGACUCAGCUUCGACGAGCGACUGCACACCGACCUCCUUCGAGCCUUUGCGCAACUGCCGGAUAUACUGAAAGACCUGAAGGAUCUAAACACAUAUCGGGCACCGUUCGCAGACACAGGCAGUAAUAGGCGCAACGACUCCUGUAUAGAUCCCAAUCUCGACCUCGAUCUCAAUAUCGAUUUCAGUCACAGCCCACCUGGCACCUGUCCUUCACUUGACUACUCGGUCGAUAGUUUCGACAACGCCGACUUUUCUUCGGAGCUACGCAACGAGGGAAUGCCCGAUGGUGGAAUGCCCUUUGCUUACAUAUCCGCCCGUGAGGAUGUACUUUGCAAGGUUCAGAAACUCAGAGACUCAUUCUGCGCACUGGGCGUCAACAUGAACGCCAAGUUCAACAACGGCACAACAGUGGUUGAGCUACCCAGCAUGGAAGAGGGCAGCCCUAUCGCAACUGCUUAUCACUUCAGCAGCUGGCGCGACAACGUGGGAUACAACAGCUUCUGGGCUCUUUGCAUCAUGGUGAAUGAGUACCUGAUAAAGCUUCUUCCACAAUCCGAUCCCAUCAUCAGCAUACUAGAGUCAGAGAAUCGGUCCCUAGCGCUUGAAAUCUGCAAGACGUGGGAAGAAGCGUGGUCAACGAAGCCGAUCGGUGCACUACAUACAUCGUUCAGUUUCGUUAUGGCUUAUGAGUAUGUUGCCCCGGAUAUCCAGGAAUGGAUCAUCAGGGGCAUAAACGCACUGCUGGACUACCAACACGUGGACGCUGCGGCCUUUCGAUGGACAGAUGAUGUGGUCAGAAUGAUGAGCGGGAGGCUCACUGGCGACAGCCAGGACACAAUCUUCUCGAAUGUGAGUGCUACGAAAGAAGCGCGGUAGCCACGCUCACGACACUUUAGACCCUGGUUGGGUGUUGACGAUUUUCUUAGUUGGAUGCGGAUGAGAAACAGGCAGAUGAACACGCAGCACCCAGUACGCUAAAGAGGCCGUGGGACAUUACCAUUUCUUCGACAUCGUGGAGUGCGGCCUACGAUGAGAACGUCCUUUUGAUGUCUAUCACAAGAGACUUCACUUGUGCAUAUACCACCGUCUGGCAGCCGCCGACAGAAGAUUACUUCAUGCAAGAUAUCCCGUUAUAGACUGUAACGACUUGAUGUUCAUACUAUUG